AUGACGCAGGAUGUAUCUGAUGAAUUACAAGCUUUGUUUUCCGCAGCCAUCGAAGCCAGCUAUCUUACACGAAACCAAGGCGGCAUCGAACUCUGUGUUGACGCGUUGAAUAGGUUGAAGUCUGCGUCUCUCUCCGUCAACGAUAUUCAACGAUUUUCUAAGUCAAUAUUUCGGUUGGAGACUCUGAGAACUCAUAAAAGCCCUAAGAUCAGUGAAACAAGGGAGAAGAGACCAAUCUCUCUAAAGCCGAAUAAGAAGAAGACGGAGACGCUGCUUGCAAAAACGGAACGGGACAUCAAAGAGUACAAAGAUGAUGGUGGUGGUAAGGUUACAACCAAAACCUUGCUUCCUCCUCCGAGGAGACUCGCUGCUUGCAAAAACCCUAAUUCCGCGGAGAUGGUGGAGCUGUUCGAAGCAGCGAAGAAAGCGGCUGACGUGGCCAACGCUAAGGGUAUUCUCUCUGGCAAAUCAGACGCGUUGAGGUGUGUUGAAGCUAUCUCAUUACUCAUGAAGAUGAACGUCACUCCAAAACCUAAUGAGCCAAGGAGGAUGAUUGAGAGGCUUCAGGUACUUACAAAGCACAAGGACCGUACGAUUUGUAAUGCUGCAAAAGCUCUUCUUCAACUUUGGACGCAGAGGAUCAGAGAACAAGAACGUAAAGCUGCGUCUACAAUCGAUAUGAUUCUUCAGAAACCUAGUCAAGGUCAGCAGAUACGCGGUCAGGGCUUCAAAAGAGAGCCUACAAAGACGAGGAAACUAGUUAUGUGA